AUGUGUAUCGAAGACCAAAUUCUGUAUCUGACCAUUGAACCUGUUCUGUUUUGUGAUAAGGGACAUGGGAUAUGCAACAUUGAUAAGGAUCACACUCAGGACAAUCCGACCUAUUUGAAAGAAGUUAGGGCUCAAAAACCCUUGCGGAAUAAGAUUAUGGCCGUGACUGUAUGUACAAUUUACAAAAUCAACACUGAACAACACAUUGAAGCAUUGGAAGUGUUGAAGACCACUAAGGCAGAGGGGUUCUAUGUGGCGUUUAAGACCACCCUCCCUAAUAACACCUGUCCUGCUUAUGACCGUAUCCUCCCUGUCGUAAAUAUCGGUGAGGACCCGAUCACCUGGACCAAAUCUGGAACAACUUUCUCAUUCAAAAAAUGCAUUGGCGACUGGAAAAUGUUCAAUAGAACAAACUCCAAGGUUAUUGUAUGCAUGAAACCGUUUCAUAUUCCAAAUUGGUGCAAUAUAACCGAGGCAAGAGGAUUUUGUGAGAAUAUGGGAUACAAGGUGACUGGUGUGGCUACUGUAGAAGAGUCGCGGUGGAUUUGGAAGAAAACAAAGGGGACGAGAUAUUAUUCAUUUUAUAUCGAUGGAGUACGAACUAAGAACUGUUCUUUAACGCGCUGUAACAAAUUUGAAUUUUCCGAUGGAUACACAGUUAUCGACGACGCUGUACUAAGCUCUACUAAUGCAGAUCUAUCAUUCAAUUAUGAAGGCAUUCCGGAAAACUGUCUGGGAGUGGCUGAGUUGGGUAACGUGCGGACAAUUAACGAUGUGAGAUGUGAUUCAACAAACAAAAAUGUUGGAGUGGUUUGUGGUUAUAAACUUUAUUGA